AUGAGUGUCAAAUUAAAUCACGACUCAUACAUAAAACUCAAACCAUCCAAAAAAUUCGAACCAACAAAUCCAGAAACUUGUAUAACAUCAUUAGAUUUUGAUGAUUCAGGUCAAUAUUUAAUUUCUUCAUUAACAAGUGAAUCAAUAAAUCUUUAUGAUGCUUAUAGAGGUACUUAUAACAAACCAAUAUAUUCUAAGAAAUAUGGAUGUCAUUUAGCAAGAUUUACUCAUCAACAGAAAAAUUGUGUUUAUGCUUCAACAAAAGAAGAUAAUACUAUAAGAUAUCUUUCAUUAAAUGAUAAUUCUUAUAUAAGAUAUUUUAAAGGUCAUAAAGCUCUUGUGAAUUCACUUGAAGUAAGUCCAAGACAAAAUAUAUUUGCUUCUGCUUCAUUAGAUGAUACGUUCAAAAUAUGGGAUUUAAGAACUUCAACUGCUCAAUUUUCUUUACCUUCAAAACAUUCAAGUUUUGUUUCAUUUGAUCCAACAGGUGAUGUUGUUGCAAUAGCAUCACAAUCUCGUGGGAUAAUUGAUUUAAAACCAAUAGAAAUGUUACAUCAAUUACCUUGUGCUUCAUUUGAAGUACCUCAAGGUUUUAAUUUUAAUAAAGUGGAAUUUUCAAAUGAUAAUAGAUAUAUACUUGUUUGUUCAACAAAUCAAAAUCAUUUAUUAUUAGAUUCUUUUGAUGGGAAUUUAGUUUGUGAAUUAGGACCCAUUAUAUCUAUCCCAGGUAGAUCAUUCCCAGACACGGGGAAUGCUACAUUUUCACCAUGUGGGAAUUUUGUAUUUAGUGGUAAUGGUGAUGGGAAAAUUGCAGUAUGGGAUUUAACUAAAAAAUCUGAAAUUAAUGAUUCAUUACCAAAAUUUUUAACACCAAAAUUUACACUUACAGGUGAUGUUAAACCAAGGAUGUUAAGUUUUAAUCCAAAAUAUUUACAAUUAAUUACUGCAGAUUCUCAAUUAACAAUGUGGACACCAGAAUUAGAUUAA